CCGCUACAGCACAUGCUUUAGCCCCUCCAAAAAAAAAGUACCAUCAAAUCAAGGUGUGCCUACCCGCUGGCAUUGCGCUUCCGUAUCCGGCCACCUAAAUAAGAGAGCUCCGCUGGCCCAUCACCUGCUGGCCUCAAUUCCUCCUCUCUUCUCUUUUCAUCUCUGUUUUCUCUCCUCUUUUAUCUUCCCUCCGCCUUCACAUCUUUCAUCAUGCCCGGAUCCGUAUCAAAACCUCAGACCCUCUACGACAAGGUGCUGUCGAAGCACAUUGUCGAUGAGAAGCUCGACGGCACUCUUUUGCUCUACAUUGACCGUCACCUCGUCCACGAAGUCACAUCUCCUCAAGCCUUUGAAGGCCUGAAGAACGCUGGCCGCCCAGUCCGCAGACCGGACUGCACCCUCGCCACUACCGAUCACAAUGUCCCCACGUCGUCCCGCAAAGGCAUGAAGGACAUUGCGUCUUUCAUCGAGGAGGACGAUUCGCGCACGCAGUGUGUCACCCUUGAAGAAAACGUCAAGGACUUUGGCCUCACCUACUUUGGUCUCGGCGACAAGAGACAGGGUAUCGUGCACGUCAUUGGCCCCGAACAGGGUUUCACCCUUCCCGGUACUACUGUUGUCUGCGGCGACAGUCAUACAUCUACCCAUGGCGCCUUUGGAUCCCUUGCCUUUGGUAUCGGCACCAGUGAGGUUGAGCACGUGCUCGCCACCCAGUGCCUCAUCACAAAACGCAGCAAGAACAUGAGAAUACAGGUGGAUGGUGAGCUCGCCCCCGGUGUCAGCUCCAAGGAUGUUGUCCUCCACGCCAUUGGAAAGAUUGGUACUGCCGGUGGUACCGGAGCUGUCAUUGAGUUUUGUGGCUCGGUAAUCCGUGCUCUGAGCAUGGAAGCCCGCAUGUCCAUUUGCAACAUGUCCAUCGAGGGUGGUGCCCGUGCCGGCAUGGUCGCUCCUGAUGAGAUCACAUUUGAGUAUCUCAAGGGAAGACCUCUGGCUCCGAAGUUUGGCUCCGACGAAUGGAACCGCGCUGUUGCUUACUGGAAGGACCUCCAGUCUGACGCCGACGCCAAGUAUGACGUUGACGUCUUUAUUGAUGCCAAGGACAUCAUUCCUACUGUCACCUGGGGCACCAGCCCUGAGGAUGUCGUCCCCAUCACCGGAUGCGUACCCGACCCCGAAACGUUCGCUACCGAGAGCAAGAAGCAGGCUGGCCGUCGCAUGAUUGAGUACAUGGGUCUGGUGCCCGGUACGCCCAUGGAGGAGAUUGUUGUCGACAAGGUCUUCAUUGGCUCUUGCACAAACUCGCGUAUUGAGGAUAUGCGUGCUGCCGCCCGUGUUGUUCAAGGCAAAAAGAUUGCUGCCAACAUUAAGCGUGCCAUGGUCGUCCCCGGCUCUGGCCUGGUCAAGAAGCAGGCCGAAGAGGAGGGCAUCGACCAGAUCUUUGUCGACGCUGGCUUUGAGUGGAGAGAAGCUGGUUGCUCCAUGUGCUUGGGAAUGAACCCCGACAUUCUCUCCCCCAAGGAACGCUGCGCCAGUACCUCUAACAGAAACUUUGAGGGCCGACAGGGCGCUGGUGGCCGCACUCACCUGAUGUCACCCGUCAUGGCCGCUGCUGCUGCCAUUGCCGGAAAGCUUGCUGAUGUUCGCAAAUUCUCCGACUACACCACUAGCCCUCACAUUGAGGCCCACGCCGCUGGUAGCGCUAAGCCCUAUGUUGAUGAGGAGGCUGACUCCGGCUCCGACCAGGAGAUGAGCUCGGACGAGACCACCACCUCUUCGCCUGCGGCUACUUCUGCUGCUGGAGGUGAGGUUGCAUCUGCUGGCUUGACCAAGUUCCUGGUUCUCAAGGGCAUUGCUGCUCCCAUGGAUAUGGCCAACAUUGACACUGAUGCCAUUAUCCCCAAGCAGUUCCUCAAGACCAUUAAGCGCACUGGUCUUGGUACUGCCCUCUUCAACGCCCUGCGAUACAACGAAGACGGUUCGGAGAACCCCAACUUUGUUCUGAACCAGGAGCCCUACCGUGGUUCCAAGAUCUUGGUUGUCACUGGCGAGAACUUUGGCUGUGGUUCAUCGCGUGAACAUGCUCCCUGGGCCCUCCUUGACUUUGGCAUCAAGUGUGUCAUUGCACCCUCGUUUGCCGAUAUCUUCUUCAACAACAUGUUCAAGAACGGCAUGUUGCCUCUCCGCGUAGAGAACAAGGUCGAUUUGGAUGCCAUUGCUGCCGAGGCGCGCGCUGGCCGUGAGGUUGAAGUCGACCUCCUGAACCAGGUCAUCAACAACUCUGCGGGCGAUGCCAUUUGCAAGUUUGACGUGGAAGAGUUCCGCAAGCACUGCCUGGUUAACGGCCUCGACGACAUUGGCUUGACCAUGCAACAGGAAGACAAGAUUGCCGCUUUCGAGAAGCGCAUGACUGAGGUUACCCCCUGGUUGGAUGGUAAGUCGUAUUUGAAGCGCAAGGGCCAGGGCGGAAAGCUGGCCGCCAAGGCAGUUCCUGUUCCCAAGACAAAUCGUGGUGAAGAGAAGAAGGAGCCCUUGGAGUGGUAAAUGUAGGGAACGGCGGCGUUGGAGAUACCAAAGCACAAAAAACAACCGGAGUUGCGUUUGAUGUUUUCUGAAGGCCUCCAUGGUCACGAGUAUAUGAACCGGUAGUAGGUAGUUAUUUAUCUGCUCAGAUAUCGCCACUUAAUAGUAGGCCAAUGUAAUUUGAUAUUUUUUUUCCAACUUGCAUCUUUUGAAGCUCUGUCGAUAUGUGAUUGUAUAAUUGGCGAGGCUCGUUGUUGGAGUCGUACUGUACUGGUCUGGUUAAUGAUGCGCAAUGGAGCCUUACAGGAGGAGGG